AUGGCUCAUUUGCAGACAACCAUGGACCAUGAUAUGCCCAUGCCAUCCCACCCGAUGCCGGAUGACAUGUGCUCAAUGAAUAUGUUAUUUACUUGGGAUUGGAACAACUCCUGUAUCGUGUUUAAAUGGUGGCAUAUUAAAUCUUUUUCCGGUUUCAUCAUAUCAAUGGUGGCUAUUAUUUUACUUUCAGCUGGAUAUGAAUUAGUUAAAGGAUGGGUUGCCAAUUGGGAGAGAAACACCCUUGCAACAUUGACAGCAUCAUCAACUACAUCGAACACCAAUUCUACUCAACAACGCAAGUUUAGAACUCAAAGAGGAGUCUUGUAUGGAAUUCAAGUGUUUUAUUCGUUUUUCCUAAUGUUGGUGUUUAUGACAUAUAAUGGAUGGUACAUGAUUGCCGUGGCAGUCGGCGCCGGCUUAGGUAAUUAUUUCUGGGGUGGAUCAAGUGAAAGAAGUUUAUCAUGCCACUAA